CUAGCAAUAGUAUAAAUAAAAUUAAUAAAUACUUAGGAAAUGAACUCACAUGAAACUAGUUUUAUAACCAUCAAAGUUUGUUAAGCAAACGAGAAAUAUAUUAUUAUAGUUUCAGUAUAUGUAGAUAUCACAAUGAUUCACAGUUUGUUUAUCAUCAACGCUUCAAUGCCCUUGUUAGUUUGCACCGAUCAUUUAUGCAGUUUAGGAACUUGUGUUUGAUUGCUGUGGAUGGCAGACGUUUGUGGCUGUUCAAAAGACAUCAGGCCAUGGAAAAAUAAGUUUUAUUAUCAACUGAAGAAAGUUACUGGGGACAAGCCCAUUUUCCUGAAGACAUUCCUCUGUUGUGAAAAAAUACUUUGGAAAAAUUCGCGCCCUUGCUGGCCAGAGUCGGCCAAAGAUCGUAUUUUCACGUAAAGUUUGCACUAAUAUUGAGCUGCACAAUUUUCUGGGAGAGGUCUCACUGGUCUGUUUGCAACAUUGAAGAAUGUCCGAAGUUUUUUCAUGAGCAAGGUUGUAAGGUCAACAAAAUGGUGACAGAAACGAUAAAAAUUUCUUAAGUUCCAUGUAUUUACCUUGGAUAGUACAGAGUUUAUAGAGUUGCCUUCAACGAAUGAAGAGUUACUUCAUGGAUGACGAACGUUACGAGUCUAAAGGUGAAGGAACGGAAUAUUACCCCGACUAUGAAAAGAAUUUUCAAGGAAAAAGCCUCAACAUGGUGAACAUAAAUAUCAAAAAACUGACUUAUGAAAUAUCUCGGGUGACGUAGCUAAUUCUAUUUUCCCGAUGACGUGUAUUUAACGAGGACCAUGUUGUGAAAUGACCAAUGUUCCAUGACUUAAAGAAAGAGUUUACAGCCAAUAAACACACUGGUGAGAAGGUGUACUAUGUUGGUCAACAUGGUUAUGAUGUGUUUAAUGUUCAAAACUAACAACUGUUCUUACUGUGAGAACUUUUGAUCUACUAAGAAAGUGAAACUAUUACAGAGAGAAUUAUUUCAAGAUAUUUUUUCGAGAGAUGCGAAGGAUGGAAAAGAGGCUGCUUAAGGAGGCAUGUACAGUAAAACUUUUACUAAAAUUAUGAGAGAAAAUACUUUGGAUGAAAUUGAUAAUGGUGCAAACAAGGGUGAAGUUGAAUAUAACGUAAAAACAGGCAAAGUUCAUAUUUUAGAAGAUCAUGGGUCUGUUGAAGAGAGUAAUGUUGACAAUAGAAACAGGUUACAAAUGUCUCAUGAAACACUUCAAAAUACUGGUGUAUCAGCGAAUCAAACUCGUGAAGCAAAAGGUAGUCGUGUGGUAGACGUGAUUCGUGUUUCCCACGAGAAUCGUGGAUCUAAUGUGGGACGAGUGUCUAAUGAGUAUCGUGUUAUCGAAGAGUGGAAGUCUUCAGAGUCUCUUGAAAACAGAAAGAAUGAAAGUGGUAAUUUCAUUGUGGAUGAUAGAUAUGGAGAAUAUGUGAAGCUAAAGUCCAAUGCCCUACUACGUACAGAAAGGUUACAGCCAAUCAACUUCUCUUCCAACAAGACAGCCACAAUGACGUCACAUAGUAUGGCGUCACAUGACAACCGCUCAAGAGACAUGAUGUCCAGUGAUUCCGUAAAAAACUAUACCAACAUGGGUUGAAGUCAAUAUGGCGAUGAUGUGUCUAGUGUUGAUCAACAACAACCUGUUGUUGUUGUGAGAACAUUUGAUCAUCCAGGAAAGUCGAGUUAUUACAGACAAAGGAGAUCAUUGCCUAGAAACCACUCAAGGCUGAACUACAAAAAAUCUUUAAAAUCUUUGACGACUCGCAGACGAAAACCUUUGCCAUCUGCCUGAACAGUAAACCUUCGAAAUUCGCCGUCAAAGCAUGAAAAUCAUGAAGAUGUUCACUCUUAUUACUUACCAACUAAAAGAAAAGCCAAAUAUCAAGGUUCAACUCGCACACGAGAUUACAUGAAUCACGAAAUGAAAGUUGUGAAGCUAAAAGUCAUGGUUCUGGUAAUAGUAAAAGAUACGUUGUUGAAAACCGUCCAAAACUAUCCCAUGCUGAAAAUGCUAAAACCUCGGCUUAUUACAAGACCUCUGUUCGAUCGCAUCUUAGCUCACAUUCGGAUGCGUCAGAAGUAAAUUAUGAAUCGUCUCCUGUUUUUAAAGACCAAAUUAAAAUUGAAAAUUUUCAAGCAAUUUAUUCCGACAAAAAGUGGGAAGAGAAAUCUCAUGACCUGGAAAUCAUGUCCAAUGUCAGUGGUAGUGAAUUUUCUGAAUUCUUACCCACUCCUCCACGGCCAAGCGACAGCCAAUCAGAUAUCUCAACGGAUGGAUAUUGUAGUGAUUAUUACAUGAAGUACACCCACCUUAGUAACCGCGCCUAGUUUAAGAUGAUUACUUGUAAAGAGACAUUUUGUAGAUUUUAAUUUAGUGUUGAGUAAAGCCUUAUUUUGAAAGGUUGUUCUUUGGUGUUUACUUGAAUUCAAACUUCUACUUCAAUUUACUCAACACUCUCCUUAUACCUAUGGAUAAAGUUUUGAGACCUGAACGGUUUGAUGUUAUUCCGAACGCGCAAGGCGCUGCAAAACGUUGGACGCACUGGCUCGCGACAUUUGAGAACUUCAUCGAUGCAAUACCGUCCAUUCCUGAUACACGAAUAAAUAAACUACACAUUCUGGUGAAUUAUGUCACCUCUGAUGUUUAUCAACUGUUCUGUGAUACUGAAACCUACGAUGAAGCCAUCACCACGCUGAAAACCUUAUAUGUCAAGCCUCCGAACGAGAUUUUUGCUCGGCAUAAAUUAGCAACACGGAAACAACAAGCAGGCGAAACCCUUGACGAAUACCUACAAGAACUGAAACACCUAAGUAAAGACUGCAACUUUCGUCAAGUCUCUGCUGCUCAAUAUCGGGAUGAAGCAAUUCGGGAUGCUUUCAUUAGUGGUCUAUUGUCGGGAAGCAUUCGACAACGUUUACUGGAGAAUAAACAGUUGGAUUUACAAACGGCAUUUGAUCAAGCUCGAGCUUGGGAUUUGGCACAAAAAUCAUCGGAGACAUACAAUUCGAAUCCCUUCACAAGCGCUGCUGUUACGGCAUCUAACGGACAUGACGAAAAUAAUGAAGAAGGACUAAGCGAGAGGUAUUUAGCCUCCACUUCACGUUCCGCUAAGUGCUUCUUUUGUGGUAAUAAGCAACACCCACGGUCAUUAUGCCCUGCGAAAGAAGCUAUUUGUAAUAAAUGUAAAAAAAGAGGGCACUACCAAAGAGUUUGCCGUUCUUCAGCAGUAGUCUCUAAUUUAACGCAAUCAGCUUACAUAACUCUAGCUGCAAUGGGGGAGUCAUUGCUAAGUUCAUGUAUUGACAUUCGUUUAAAAGAAAGAACUGUUACAGCUCUGGUAGAUUCAGGAAGUACUCAUUGCUUCAUACAUCCUGAUUUGGUUGAGCAACUUUCAUUGACAGUUCAUCAGACCAAAGAAAAAGUUACGAUGGCUACAUGUAAUUAUUCCACAAAAUGGCAAACUUGGCAAGCCCUGCACGAAAGUGUCACUAUCCAGUACGGUGGUUCUGCCCCUCCUUUGAAACUUUGCAGUUUAACAGCUUUGAACCUAGACCCCCCACUUUUGUUCCAACAUUUAACAGAGGGUUGUAAACCGAUAGCUAUUAAAUCAAGGAAAUAUAGCCGAGAAGACAAAGAAUUUAUUACAACUGAAGUACAAAGGCUUCUAGAUGAAGGUAUAAUUGAACCGAGUGAAUCACCGUGGAGAGCACAAGUGGUCGUAACUAGAAACGAUCGACAAAAAAAAAGAUUAGUGAUUGACUACUCGCAAACUAUAAAUAGAUUCACACACCUGAAUGCUUAUCCUUUGCCUAGAAUAGAUGAUAUCGUCUCUAAAAUCGCUCAGUACAAAGUUUUCAGCACCGUUGAUUUGAAAAGUGCGUAUCAUCAAGUCCCAAUUCAAAAAGAAGAAAAGAAAUAUACUGCUUUCGAAGCUAACCAGCGUUUGUACCAAUUCCGUCGAGUACCAUUUGGAGUAACGAAUGGAGCAGCAGCUUUCCAAAGAAUGAUGGACAACUUUAUCGCUAAAGAAUGUCUAGAAGGCACGUUUGUGUAUCUUGACAACGUCACGAUUUGUGGCCGGGACCAAGCCCAGCAUGACAUAAAUCUCGAAAAGUUCCUUCAAGCAGCUAGAAAGCGAAAUUUGACGUUUAAUCAAGACAAAUGCUCUUUCUCAACAACCAGUAUUUGCAUCCUCGGUAGUAUAAUCGCUAAUGGAGAAAUAAAGCCGGACCCGGCACGAUUGAGACCUCUGCGAGAGUUACCUGUCCCCCGUGAUUUAAAAGAACAGAAACGGAUUGUGGGUCUCUUCUCCUACUAUUCUCAAUGGAUCAAAGACUUUGCAGCAAAAGUAAGACCACUGACACAGAAUACUGUAUUUCCAAUGGUAGGCGAUGCUCUUACUUCGUUUAAUCUACUUCAGUCCGAUGUCGAAAAAUCUGUGGUCCAAGCUGUUGACGAAGCACAGCCCUUUCAGGUGGAAACAGACGCUUCCGAGUUUGCUCUUUCAGCCACUCUCAACCAAAACGGUCGCCCAUGGAGAAAGAAGCAGUGGCUAUCGUUGAAGCCGUGA